GCAGUGUUCCCGAAAGACGAGACAACUUAUUUUCUAGCUCAUAAGAACUAGUAGGACUAGUAACUGACCGAGGUUGUACUCUUCAUACACAUACCCGCCGUUGUCAAUUUAAUCAUGCAAAGAAAGUUGCUUCUUUCUUUACCUCAUUACACUGCAAGCUAAAUCCAAACACAUUUCACGAUUCACGAGUAUCGGAGAAUUAAGGACCACAAUGGUAAGCAAUUCUAACGAGCCUCCCCAAUCUCUGCCAGUUGUUGUUAACGUGAAUGUCAUCACGUUUAGUCUUACAAGGAUCAACCAAUAGUUGAGUUCCCUGCAAGAGUUAGUGAUCGCAUUCAACUCGGACAAGGGACAACUUUUUUGCCCGGAAAGAAGGAUCCAUCAGUACAACAUCUCAUCGACCACGUCCUCGAACAUGGCUAUGUCAUUCUACCCAAAAUCUUCACGCCCCAACAAGUAGAGUUAGCAAACUCCGAAGUGGCACGACUUGAAACAAUUGAAGCUGGACCGGCCGCACUUGCUGGUCGAAAUAGCUUCGAGGGCUUCAAGACCGGAAGAGUAUAUGCUCUCGCGGACAAAUCUCGAGCUUUUGACCAGUUUCCGAUACAUCCUACGGUUUUGGCCCUGAACGACUACUUCCUUCAACCAAAUUAUUUAAUUAGCAGUUUUCAUACUGUGGUGAUAUAUCCUGGUCAAACUGCACAACCUAUACAUUGCGAUGAUGGAUUGAUCGCACUGCCAAGACCAAGGCCACUUAUAGGUAUUGUAUGUUGCAAUUGGGCUUUGUGCUGUAUUUUUAUGCGCGAGAAAGAAAGCUGACAAUUUGAGUAGGGUACCAUGGUCUCGUUCGACGAUUUUACUGGCGAGAACGGUGCAACUACUGUCAUUCCCGGAUCGCAUUUAUGGUCGGACGAUCGCAUACCAACACGAGAAGAAAUGAUUCCGGUCAUAAUGCCAGCAGGCAGCAUGGUUUACUUUCUUAAUACUCUGUGGCAUUCAGGUGGCGCGAAUACUUCAGAUAAGCCUCGACGCAGUAUUACCGUUCAGUAUUGCCAACCUUGGAUAAGAACAUAUGAAAAUAUGACAGUUGCGAUGGGUUGGGAUGAUUUGGAUAAAGUUCCAGAGAAACUUUUGAGACUGAUGGGAUUCUCUACUCAUGAUUUCAUGGGCUAUGUAGAUGGACGUUCACCGCGAGCUGGUGUGGAAAUGCGCAAGAAGAGAAUGAUCGAGCGGGCUCUGAAAGAAAGAGAUGAACAACGUAAAUCGAAACUCUAGUGGGCUAUUGAAGGACAGAGCAAUACGCGUAAAUAUUAAUAAAUUACGUCACAACAUUCGAACUGUUUCUUCUCUCCUGGUUUAGUAGUGCAUGUGUGCGAGU